UUAUGUAAAAUUCAAGGUUUAUGUCAAGGUGCAGUCAAGGCGAUUAUCCAGUUGACAUGUAGUGACAGAAUUAAAGGUCAAACUAUAUCUUUGGUUUGUUUGCUGUGACAGUACAAUUUUAAUUCGCUUAGUCACAUAUGAUAUUGAAGUGAUAUGCUACUUUUUUUUUAAUCUUCAGAUAUGUUUUAUCAUGUAUGGUAUUAGUGCAAGAUAGUUCUCCGUCAGACUUCUAUAUUUCAGGCAUCGCGCCAAGUUCUAAAUGUGGUGCCUUUGUUUGUUUCUUGAUAGUUUUAAUCUGACUUAACAGCUCGUAUUCGUAAAUGGCUGACACAGAGCUUGUUCAAAAUAACAGUGGUAGCUGGCCGUGGAGCUGGUUUGGUUGGUCACCCUGCUCUACUGUUAUGCUGAGAGCUAUUGAGAAGCAGAUUCUAUCCAGUUUGAAGACAGCGUACAGAGGUUUUUUUGUGGAUAUUGGCCCUGUGGUGGGGAAAGCUGACAAGAUAUGGACAGUUGCCCUGAACACAGACUCCAAGAAGACACCCAUUCUCCUCCUGCAUGGGUUUGCCUCAGGCGUUGCUUUGUGGUGUCUCAAUUUGGAUGCCCUGGCAGCACACAGGCCUGUGUAUGCCAUCGAUAUUCUUGGUUUUGGCCGCAGCUCUCGCCCUUCUUUUAGCAACGAUGCGUUAGAAGCAGAGACCCAACUGGUUCAGUCGGUGGACGAAUGGAGGCGGGAGAUGAACUUGGACAAGGUCAUCUUACUGGGACACAGCAUGGGAGGAUUCCUAGCUGCGUCGUAUGCUCUCCAUUACCCAGACAGGGUGAAGCAUUUGGUGCUGGCAGACCCCUGGGGCUUUCCUGAGCGGCCAGCAGACCUGAACACCAGGAUGCCUCUGUGGGUCCGAGGAAUCGUGUACGUGGUCCAGUUGUCCAGCAAGCCCCUGUGGCCCGUCCGUGCUGCUGGUCCACUAGGGCAGUGGUUGAUAGGAAAGGCACGACCCGAUCUGGUCAAGAAGUUCACGCCCUUCUUGGAGGAUGCUGAUGACCUUAUUCCAAAAUACAUCUUCCACUGCAAUGCACAAAAUCCUACGGGAGAAAUGGCUUUCUAUUCGAUGAUGAGCGGCCUCGGCUGGGCCAAGAAUCCCAUUGUGAAUCGCAUCGACACCCUGAGUGAAGACAUUCCGAUAACACUGCUGUACGGGUCGCGGUCGUGGGUGGAUAGCUCGGCAAGUGAGACUAUCCGAGCCCUGAGGCCCAACUCUUACAUCAACAUCCAGAUUUUAGCAGGUGCUGGCCACCACGUGUAUGCUGACAAAUGUGACAUCUUCAACCAGUACGUGGUGGAAGCUUGCGAGAGCGAUGAAAGCAUAGGGAAGAAAGCUGAUGACACGCAACCAGAGAAGGAAGGGGGAGACAUAGCCAUUGUAUUGUCACCACAGGACAGGAGUAGUGAUGAGAACGUGCCACCAGGUAGUGGACACACUACCGUUGCUUCGUAGUGCUGUACUUCCUAUAGCAGAGGAAUGACAUUCAUUACUGGAAAUACCCUCCUUGAUUGAAUAAUGCAUACUUAAAUUAUAACUGUCAUGACUAUAGAGCAGUAAAAUUUUUAGCCAUAAGUGACUACUGACUAGUGGACAUUGUUAUUUUACAGUAUUUAGGAUUAUGAAAUACAGUUUCUGUGUGUAGAGUAAGAUUUGUAGUUAGUUAUAGACUGGAUCAAAUCUCAGAUUUUCAAAUGGAAAUUUCAAACUUGCUUGUAAAUAUGAUCUAGAAUGUAAGUAAACUUAAUCUAUUAUAGCUAAUGUGUGAAUGAAGCACAAAACAAUUCUACGAGUAUGUAUUAAGUUUUAGUCAAUUUUAAAGGGCCAAUAUUUAUGUAAGCUGGUCACUUUUUUCCCCCAUGAUCAUGACAAAAGUAAAUGAGCCUUAGUAAACAUUUAUGCACUUAAUAAAUUAUUCAUCAUAGUGAAUGUCUGUUGUUUGGUGUGUUAUGAUUUGUUCAUUCAGGGCUUUAUAAUACACAUUUAGUGUGGAUGUUCUAGUUCACCAUGGUAACCAUAUGUAGUCCCGUUUCAGUCCAUCCGUAGUACGUUUACGGUGACUUAAAGAAACUCCGGUGUUGUCAAUUCAGGGUUUGGUCGCAGUUAUUGCAAUUUUCUCUCAACAGGGUACAUGAUUCAUGUUUUUUGUUGGUGAGAAAUUCAGAAGUUCGGGAAUUUUGGAGCCAAAUCAUCCUUCAAAUAAAAUUUAGAUUGUUACUCUUGUAUGAUUCCUUGAAAGAGUAACUAUUUUAUUUGGUUUUUAUUGCAUCACAGGUAGAUCCUUGUGUUUUUUCAUGCUUACUUUGCCAUAGUUAUAUGGCUGUUAGGUAUAUUUACUGUUAGUUUUUUGUGUUAGUGCAAUCUAGAAAUGUUCCAGUGUAUUUUACUUCUUUUAUCUGAAAUGCACAAAUGGUGCUCAUGUAUGUGUAUACGUAUGUGUCUUUUUGAUGAGUGCUAAUUCAUAAUUAAUUGUGUGGUGGACAUUUGGGUAUCUUUACUCACAGUAUUACUAAUGAGUUGGUGAAAUUUAGCUAACUUUUUAAGUUGAUUGUUUGUUAUGUAUGUAACAUGAAUUGAGCCAGGGUUCCUCAGCUUUCUUUAGGUCUAAAUACACCAAUGUAUUAUUGUUCUUAAAUUAAAACUAUCAGUAGUAGUACAGUUAAGUCUCUCCACAUAUCUCAGUUUUUGUGUUCAGUAGUAUGUAUUUACCAGUCACCAGGGCACUACCAUGUGAAGAAUGUUGCAACAUUGCUGCUUUCAUUUGAACAGCUAACAAUUUCUUGAUUAUAACAAAAAUAGGUCAAUUGUAUUUCUGUGACUGUGAAGUCACUUUAACACCAAAAUCAAGCACGGUUCUAAUUCCUCUUUCACUAACCUUUAAUUUCUCCCUCGUUCCUUGCGCUUCUGAACCCCCCAUUUAUGUUUGUAAUGUUCCAUACUGGAACCUCACAAUUAAAACUAUGAGAAUUUUUAAUGGUAGAAGGUCUUUCUCGUAACAACUAGUACUCAUAACAGCCGACCAGUGAUUAAAUAAUAAGUCAAAAAAUAUAUAUCCCCACACCUUCCAUAGGGUGCAUCAUCACAUUCUUUACUUCAGAAGGGUAGACGAGAGGGAGUGUCUAAUGUACAUUGUGGCCGAGGGGAGGGGUGUUUGAGCUCAAGCAAACCUAUUGUGCUCGUACUUGACGUUCCAUUUCUGCUAUUUCGCAAGCACUUCAGUGUGACCUGAAUGUUAUUAGUGCUGAUCGGUUAGGUUAUUGGUGUGACAGGUGUUUUAGGAACAUGGAAGACCAAAAAGUGAAAUAGCAGGGGGGAAAUGUUUUCUCAGCCAAUUUUUUCCUCCUUCCCAGCCAGGCCCCUUAGACUAAUGAGCCCCUGGAUAUUUUCCCCUUUUACCCCUCUUUUGAUGGCUCUGCUAGUCACCUAUGUCAGGCUGAAAAUAACGAAUUUAGCAAAGUUGCAUUUCGAAAUAAAUUUAUUUUGCUGCUCAUGAUUUUUUUUUUUCUCAAAUAGUUAUUAAAAUGACAGAUUUAACACAGACAAUAAUAUGUUCCUGCAAUAAAAAUAAACUUACAAUUGCUUUUGUGUAUUUAAGUGUUUUCAAGUUUGUGAUUACUAAUAGUUGGGAUUUUUGCUGUAUAAUAUUGACAAUAUUGGUAGUGGUUUGCUUGUAUGUUUAUCUCGUAUAGCAAGAUGUAACUUUUUUUUCCCCUUCUUUUAACACGUCUGAAAACAUUUUUGAGGAAUGACUAGUAAUCAUAAGUGUAGACAGUGGAAGUUUGCGUUAGCGAUAUAAGCAUGAAUGAAGGCGACAGAAGUUCUUUCCAGUGAUAAAAUGCUGUAGAAAUGGUCUCAUUGUAAUAAAGUAAAUAUACAAAGCUGAAAGACUGACUUGAAGCCUGGAAGUGUAAAAACAAAAGUUGUCCAUUGCUUGCACGGGCAGACAGCAGACGCCUUUCCUCUUCCACAACCUAUCUUUAAUGUCCACAACUCCCCUGCCCUUCCCUCAAAAUCUUCCCUUCAAAUCCUUCUCAUCACUUGUGCUCUCCCUUAGUUUUCAGCGAUUAUAAGCAAAUGUAGAAAAAUCUCUCCAUUUACCAGUCUAGUUUAAUUUGAACAUAACAAGGUUCCUGGUUUUCUAUUCUGUAGCUGAAUUGUAUUUUUCUCACUGCGAGUUGGAAUUAUAAAUGCAAUCUUCCACUUUCUCUAUCAUAAGUUAUGUGAGCAAGGGAUCCACGAAAUUGUAAUUAGUAAUUACAGUUCUGUAGUACAGUGCACUACUUAAAAGGUUAUAGAGAUGAGAUUUUUUGAGCAGGCUUCUGGUCCUAAGAUGAGAAUUCAGCUAUAUGCAUUGGAUGUAGCCACAAUAUGAUGAAAUUUUUAAGUUUUAAUAUAUAUUCCUUGAAUAUGAAUAAUACUAUUAUGGUUAUUAUGGGCUUCACAUUUUGUGUACAUUGUGUUAAUAAUAUCGGUAUUUGGUUAAACAUGGUGGUUUAGUUUACACAUGCACUGCACACUCAUUAUGGGUGCACUCCCAUUAUGGGUGCACUCCAGUUGAAAAUGGGAUGGGCCUCUGUUUUUUAAAAUGUGUGUUGUAAUUAUUGUAAUGUAUUUCAAUUGAUUUUUAAAUUCGUAGUACUUACAGUGAAAUUUAAAAGAGAAUGGGCCAGUUUUUUCUCUCUAAAGUUGUAGUUGAAAGAGUGUGAAUUGUUUUUAAUGUUUUUAUCCUUUUAACCUUUUCAAGCUGUUUGAUUGUUUGGUACUCUUUGAAAUGGAAAGAGCUAUACAAACUAUCAGAAAAGUGUUUUGUUAUUAGGCUUUUACAGAUGCUGACAGAUCCUAGGUGAAAUUUGAGCAUACCUUCAGCUGGUUUUCCUUCUCUCUCCUUUCCCCGUUUUUCUUAACUUUCGUGUCCCUAGAUUAGGAAUGCUGAUUUAAACACGAGGACAUUUUAUCUAAGUUGUUAAACUUUUGUUCAAAAUUUGUUGGGUUCUUUUAUUAGUCAAAAAAUUCCUCAACACAUGUUCACACAGUAUUUUGGUUUGGUGAGGUUAAGAACUCCACUCUGAUUUUUUAUUUUAUUUGGUGUUUCAGAAGAUUACGUACAGUCAUGCAUAUCAAUACAUAUCUAUAUUACUAAUGUGCUGGCCUGGGGCAUGAAUAGAACCGCAGUCGUAGCGCAAGGCAAAGUGUGUAUUGUGCAGGGCUUCCAGAAGAUCAGUACAAAGGCAAUUGAGGGUGGAGUGUUUACUAUUUCUCUUUUAACUGAUGCACUAUCAGUCCCACAACAUGUGUUGUUGUCUUAUUUAAAAAAUAAUAUACACUUAAAGUAGAUCAGUUCUUGAUGUAUUAUAACUAAUAUUACUAAGGGACAGAAUUAAAUUUUCAUUGUUGUUUUGUUGUUACAAGAAAUAAAUUAACAAAAUAUUUUAACUUGUAUUAUUUUAUGUUUAAAAUCAAAUUUUAAUAUUAAACUUUUGUUGCUGACUGCAACUAUGACAGACAAGUGCUUGCUUCUCACACAUUCACACACCUCAAUUUUUUGGAUAGGUAUAUUAAGAGCUUGUUACUUUUUUUUCUGCAUUGUUUUCAUCCUAAUGUUUUUACUGUGCUACGCCUCGCACUCAUUUCCCCUUGUGGCAUGUCUCAGUUGUAGAUUGUUGCCGGGAUGCCAGGUCACAUCAGGCAGGGCUGCCAAUGCUUCUUAGGCACCCUAUUGACAAUGUUAACUCUGCCUAAGUGGGACCAGUACACAGAUGCCACACACGUUAGUGGUUUGUUUCCUUGCAGUCCUGCUUUUCCAGACAUUGUAUGGUAAAGUUAAAGUUCAUACACCAGUGUAGCACAAUGUCAUUUUAAUGAAAAUUGAUGUUGCUUCCAUUUUGCAUUAACUGCAGGAUCACUUUACUUUCGAGAAAAGCUCAUACUUUUCACUGCAUUUUCAUCUAUUAGCUGUUAAAGGUGUACUGAUUGAAUUGGCAGUUACUGAAAUCGGUACUAAUCUUUUUUGAAAUUAGUGUAAACAUUGAAUUUUUUAUUAUAUAGAAUAUAAAUCUCUUUUUCAUGUGUUAACGUCUUAGCUCUCGGCAUACGAAAUUUGGUUGAAGUAAUUUUGUGAAAGUGAAACCGAAGUCCAUGAACGGAAAUGUGACACAAAGAUGACGGACCCAUGUGUAGCAACAUAAACCACACAUAUAUAGUCACUUUCUUAAACAUUAGGGUAUGUACCAAACAUAUUGGUGUGCCAAAUGGAACUUUAUGAUUGUGAAACUACCCUGGAAUAAUCAUUGUAAAAAGUAAUUCCAAGUUUUAAAAUACCGAAGAAACUGGCAUUACACUGUUGAUAAUACGUAGUCUCCUUACCAAACCCCAACACUCCUGAUAGUGCUGUGGCAGAACGCACAGUUGCUAAGCUGAAGGGGUAAUUUUUGAUGUGGUUCAAACCUCGUCACUGGAAAAACUAUUUUUUGUACUCUUUUUAAUAAUGGAUUACUAGAUCAUACAAAUGCUUCAAGCAAAUACAUAUGAAUAUAUAUUUGUUUAUCUUAUUGCUAUAAUAUUAUUAAAUACAUAUAUCAAGUCUAUUGGAUUAUUUCAUACUAGGCUGGCCGAUAUCCUUGAAUUUUCCUUAAAAUAAAAUAAAUUACUUUUAUUAGGAAAUGAAUGUCCUUGAAUUUGCGUAGGUAGUAAAAAUUUAAACUUUACAAUAGUACAACUAUUCUUUAUACUUUGUUAAAAUUUAUAGUCAUCUAACAUGUGCAGAAACUUAUAGUAACAAUUUGUUUAAAGUCUUUUUUUUGCUUUUAUUGGAGCAGUUUCAUUAUAUAGUUUAAAAUUUCUGCCUGGUAAUCAAAUGGUUCCAUAGUCGACGCAGCUGCUCCGGCAGUGAAUUCUAGCGGUGGGUGUGGAAACUAUGUGCAAUUUGUAUCCAGAAAUGUAGUUGAAAACAAUUUUGCGUAUAUUUAUCACACUCUUAAUUAUUUUAUAGAAUUCUGUGUUAAAUUUUGUGUCCGAGUUUUGUAUUAUAAUUGUAUUUACAACUUGAGAACACGUGAAUUUGUUCGUUAACGAGGUUACAUGUUACACAUCACUGGCAAGUACUGAAUGAUUCGCUCACAUUUUUUUUCUCUUAACUUUUAUUAUUUUUGAUGCUUUCGAGUGAUAACUGUGUGAUAUAUUAUUUUAGGCAUACCUAGUUUAAGUUUAGCUUGUUAAUAUUGCCUGUAACAGAAAAUGUAUUUGUUUCGUUAAAUUGUUUUGUUUGAAUAUUUUCUAGUUAUUUUAUCCAGGUAGACAGUAUUUCAUUGCAAAGUAAUGUUGUUCACUGAAGAAGUCACAACACAUAUAUGUACAUUGUAUUAAAAGAUUUAUUUGUGUUAUAUUUUAAAUGAAAUUGAGUAAUGUUUAGGACAAUAUUUGUAGUUGUGUUUGAUAUUUGCAUUUUUCUUGCUGGACAAGAGUUGCUGAAAAGAACUGUAAGAGUGCAGCUAAAUAUGUACUAAGAAUGUGCCUUUUGCAAACAAUAAAUUUUAUUUGUUGA